UUCAGACUGCCUUGAUCCAGAAAAACAUGCUCCAAUGGCCCAAGGUCUACAUCAGCUCGGAAGGCAUCUCGAGUGACCGAGUGGCUUCCCUCACCAAAAUGGUCAAGCGAUGGAAGGGCGAGACGGUUUCCGAGGAUGCGGCCACGCUUGUUGUGCGUCGCUUUGGAGAUGAGGAAGAAAACAGCGAAGACGAUUGGAUGAGACCGCUCGAACAGAGGGCGAAUAAGGUGCUGGUACACUGGUGGUACAAACCGGACAGUUACGACAACUUGGUACCAGCUGCCGAAGUCACAGAGGAUCCUAUCCGGCCAGCGGUGGCUAAGAAGUACAUAGUCAGCACGCGCAUGAUCACUGAUACAAACAAGUACCACGAAUGGGUCAAUCCGGAGGACUAUCUGGAGGAAGAAGUCAUUGCAAUCGAGGCCGCCCCCGCAUCAGUCAGUGAGAAAGCACGCUCGCGCAAACGGAAAGGCAAAAACCGUCUCACGUCACAGCGCAGCAAACGAUCGCGUCACUCCAGCACUGUGUCUGAGGAGAAGGACGCGGACUACUUCAAGGACAUGCCAGCACCCCCCUCACCUAAAGUGGAGGUGGUGGAUGUCAAUAAGAAAUUGGAAGAGGCAGCUGGAAAGAAAGACCCUGAUUUGGCGCGGGUGCGUGCGGCGCACGUGGUCAACGCGACCAAUGCAACGGGCGAUGGAAAGGACCCGUUCUUCAAGGACGCAGUCACUGAUCAGGAGCAAGCAGCAGCGGAGGAGGCCGAGCUGAGGGAAACCCCCGAGCCAGCAGGUGCCACAGGUGAAGGUAAAGAAGUGGUCGAAAUCAGCCCCAAAUCGGAGAAGAGGGAACAAGAUAAGAAGACGACGGUGCCGGAAACCUCGAGGACAGAACCCAACUCAGUAAAGGCGAUAAAAGCCUCAAGCGUAUCAGACUCAGCGGUUGCAGAAAAGGAAACUGCAACAGACAAAUCGGAUGCGAGUGCCAUUGAUGUGGACGCAACUAUGGCAGACACCGAAAGUGCCCCUACAAAAGCGGAUGGGGCCGAAAAUAAAAGCGAUGCAAUGGAUGUAGAUAAGGAGGUCGACACCGCACCGAAACCAACACCAGUCGCACCAGUCAAGAGCUCUGAGACGAGGGCUAGCGCGGAAUCUGCUGCUGACAAAGAAAAAAACAUCACAGACGUUGACAGCCAGGAGACUGCGCCGAUGGAGCCCGAGGAAAGAGAGGCUACCGUCACGGAACCGGAGAUCGAGGAACAGGGCCCAGAUAAGUACUAUGCCGAGCAGACGGACAUGGUAGUAGUUCCCAGUCACUCCGCAUGGUUUGAUUAUAAUGCCAUCCACUCCAUUGAGAAGAGGGCUCUACCCGAGUUCUUCACCGGCAACUCCAGAUCGAAAACCCCUGAGAUCUACAUGGCAUACCGAAACUUCAUGGUCGACACCUACCGUCUCCGGCCCAAAGAGUACCUCACCGCCACAGCCUGCCGACGCAACAUGACGGGCGAUGUGUGUGCCAUUCUGCGCGUCCAUGCAUUCCUGGAGCAAUGGGGUCUGAUCAACUACCAGGCGGAUUUUGACCUGCGCUCAGGUCCCCUGGGCCCUCCCAGCACUUCACACUUCCGCGUGGCCGCCGAAACACCUCAGGGCGUGCAGCAUAUUCGCACCACCACAGUCUCUGAGCAGAAGACCAUCGAAUCGCUCAUCCAAUUGGACUCGGCCGAUGCUCUGUUGAAGAAGGACCGGCUACUGGACACGCGCAAAGACCAGUACGCCGAUGCGGCGAAGGGCCCGUGCGGCACCUGUGGAGCGCCAUGCACCAGCGCCGUAUUCCGGUGCAACAAGGCUACGCCUGAACUGGUGCUGUGCCACGAGUGCUUCAGCCAGGGCCAAUACCCCGAGGAGUUUGGGUCCAAUGACUUUACCAAGCAGAACAUCAAGGACGACAAUGUGGUGCCGUGGACAGACCAGGAGACGCUGCGACUGCUGGAGGGCAUUGAGAUGUUCAAGGAUGACUGGGUGGAGAUUUCCGAUCAUGUGGGCACACAUGACCAAGCGGAGUGUGUGCUGCACUUCUUGCGUCUUCCAAUCCAGGACCCCUAUUUGGAGCCAGAGAUCGUUGGUGCCGGUGCGUUAGCGUGCAACCCAAUCCCUUUCAGUCAGACCGAGAAUCCCAUCAUGAACACUGUGGCGUUCCUUGCCUCAGUGAUCGACCCAGCUGUGGCGGCUGCUGCUGCGGAGGCGGCGCUGGCCGAGUACAAGUCCCUGGGCACAGAGGAGUGGGCCAACGAUGAGAAUGACAAAGAGAACAACGAGAAGGGCCAGACCACACAGCCAACCAUGAGCGCUGCAGCAACAGACAAGUUGAAGCUAGCGGCCACAGCUGCAAUGUCCAUGGCAGCUGUCAAAGCUCACGCUUUGGCGGAGAGGGAAGAGGCUGAGGUGCGUGGCCUCAUGGCCGAGAUUAUCGAGUGCCAGCUCAAGAAACUAGAGAUCAAGAUGAACCAGUUCGAGAAGCUGGAAUCGCUGAUGGAGAAUGAAUAUCAUAAGUUGGAAGCCCAGCGCAAGGAACUCUUACGCGACAAGAUCAAACAUCAAGAACUUGAGAUCGAGCGAGACACCCUCCAGGCCGACUGUGCCGCGCUGCGAGAAGAAUUGAUCAACACACAGAAACGUCUGAACCAGCUACAACCCGCCGCCGCCUCCUCUCCAACAAGCACAACACCAGCGAACACAACCGAACGUCCCAGUGCGAAUAUAAGUGGGGUGGCCAGUAGACCGGCCUCACAGACAAGUAAUCCUCCUCCAAGUACGAGUGUGGGGAACUCGCCCUCGCCGGCGAUGCCGGGGGUUAGUACUGGUCCGGGUUCGACGGAAAUGGACACUACUAGAUAACAAGAUGGAUGGGGUUGAUGUGGGCGUGGAGUGUGGAUGUGGCUUACAGCACAUCUUGGCUUACAUGCAUGUCUCUGACCAGAUAUCAAAUAAAUGCAGGUAUAUCAACCGGUGCAUUGUAGAUCCGUUUCAUCUCGCACGGCCAUAUUUUAAUAUCUCCAAAGUAUUGCUGAUAUUCAAUUGUAGGUGCUAGAGCAUGGGCAAUUAGUUUUGGAUAGAUCGAUAACAGCUGUAUUUGCUGUUGAGCUAAUUUCAUAUCACUUAGCAGAUGGUUACAACGCUGAAUGCAGGCAUGUGAACUCUGCCUGUGUAUAUGAGAAAUCUCAUGUCUCGGUGUUAAAAAUAUC